AAACGAGCUGUGCGGUACUACACUGUGUACUCAAAACAAUCUCACAACGUGUGAUACGUGUACGGUGCAGUAAUUUGUUAUUUUUCAGCUGGUUAUCUAUGAUAACAGCGUUUCCCAUGUAUUGCUGACAAGUAAAUUGAUGAACUCAAGCUCAAUGAAGCCUUUGGUCUUAUUCGCCAUUCCCGGUCUGUAUCUGGUCUAUCGCUACAACCAGUACAGGCAAGAGAAACAACGAAGCAAGGCCGACCGACGGAAAAUCACGGAAAAGGAACUCCUGACGUUAAACAAUAAAAUCGAGAAAUUAUUACAGAAAUUAGAAAGGUAUGAUGUUGAAAAAUCCACAACUGAUGAUGAUGAGUGUGUUGUAUGCAUCAGUGCCAAGGCAACCAUGCACACAUACCCUUGUGGUCACAAAGUGGUGUGUAGGAAGUGUUUUGUGAAGACAAUACAAGUUGCAGUCACUCAAAAGAUGCUACCAUUGAGAUGUGUGAUCUGUCGCUCUAGAAUACUGAAAUUGAAGCAGUCAGUUGGUCUUCCAGUUUUGUAA